CCCUUGUGCCGCGGUGACGGACGGAGGCUCAGCGGUGCAGCGGUAAGCGGAGGUGAGGGCUCUGCGGCCCAGAGGUGUCGCAUUUCAGAGGCUCGUCCGGGAUGCAGAGCCAACAAGGAAGGUUUCUAAGUCUCUUGCUAGUGAGGGAUUUCUCCAACUUCCAGCCAUGCGUCUCUCUGCCCUGCUGGCCUUGGCAUCUAAGGUCAGUUUGCCUCCCCACUAUCGCUAUGGUAUGAGCCGCCCAGGCUCCCUGGCAGACAAGAGGAAGAACCCCCCAGGGACAAGGAGGCGCCGGGUAGUCGUGGAACCCAUCUCUGAUGAAGACUGGCAUCUGUUUUGUGGGGAUAUGGUGGAGGUCCUAGAAGGCAAGGAUGCUGGGAAGCAGGGCAAAGUGGUUCAAGUUAUCCGACAGCGAAACUGGGUAGUCCUGGAAGGACUAAACACACAUUACCGCUACAUUGGCAAGACCAAGGAUUACCGGGGAACCAUGAUCCCUAGUGAAGCCCCGUUGCUCCAUCGCCAGGUCAAACUUGUGGAUCCCGUGGACAGGAAGCCUACUGAGAUUGAAUGGAGAUUUACUGAGGCAGGAGAGCGGGUGCGAGUCUCCACGAGAUCAGGGAGAAUUAUCCCCAAACCUGAAUUUCCAAGAGCCGAUGGCAUUGUCCCUGAAGCAUGGAUUGAUGGCCCCAAAGACACAUCAGUGGAAGAUGCUCUAGAAAGAACCUAUGUGCCCCGACUAAAGACACUAGAGGAGGAGGUGAUGGAGGCAAUGGGGAUCGAGGAAACCCGGAAACAUAAGAAAGUCUACUGGUAUUGAGCCUGGGGAGAGCUUCUCCCCACCUGUGUCUUAGCUUUGAAGGGUGGGGCACCUCUUCUUCAGAUGCUAAUAAAGUGCCAUGAGUUUU